CCCCGCGAGUUUGUUUUAGUCGCUUUCCGCACAAACUAAAGCCGAACAUUUGAGCACUUUCCCCUGAUACCAUGCCUGCCACGAGUGAGAUCUGCACGACCGCAGAGGAGCAGCAGAGCGGGCAGGACCCCGCUGUAUUCUCGCUGUUCUGCGACGAGCGCGGAUAUCUCAACCAGAUUCAAUACAUUCUGCAGACAGGAGUGAGGAAGGGCGACCGCACAGGGACAGGAGUUAUCUCUGUGUUCGGCCUACAGGCCAGAUACAGCCUGCGAGAUCAGUUUCCUCUGCUAACUACCAAGCGUGUUUUCUGGAAGGGGAUUUUAGAGGAGCUGUUGUGGUUCAUUAAGGGUUCAACUAAUGCAAAAGAGCUUUCAGAGAAGGGUGUGAAGAUCUGGGAUGCCAACGGCUCGCGGGAGUUUCUUGAUAAGAAUGGAUUCACUGAGCGUGAGGAAGGCGACUUGGGCCCUGUGUACGGCUUCCAAUGGAGACAUUUUGGAGCAGAGUACAAAGACAUGCAUAGUGAUUACUCUGGCCAAGGUGUUGACCAGUUACAAAAAGUCAUCGACACCAUCAAGUCCAAUCCUGAGGACAGGAGGAUCAUCAUGUGUGCCUGGAAUCCUAAAGAUCUGCCCCUGAUGGCUCUUCCACCUUGCCAUGCUUUGUGCCAAUUUUAUGUCUCCGAUGGUGAGCUGUCAUGCCAAUUAUACCAGCGUUCAGGAGACAUUGGCCUGGGUGUCCCCUUCAACAUUGCCAGCUAUGCCCUACUCACCUACAUGAUCGCGCAUAUCACAGGGCUCAAGCCUGGUGACUUUGUGCACACUCUUGGUGAUGCCCACAUCUACCUCAACCACAUCGAGCCUCUAAAAGUGCAGCUUCAGAGGAAGCCACGUCCUUUCCCUAAACUGAAGAUCCUUCGCAAUGUGGAACGCAUUGAUGAUUUCCGAGCUGAGGAUUUUGAGAUAUGCGACUAUGAUCCAUACCCCACCAUCAAGAUGCAGAUGGCAGUUUAAACAGUAUACCCUCAUUGUCAAUGUUACCAGACUAUGUAAAUAUUUGUAUCUGUUUUUUGUAAAUUGUUUAUAUUGUUUUUUUUUAAUAUAAAACUUAAACAAAUAAAAGUAAGUACAAACCAG